AUUUACUUCUAUGCAUCUUAUGUGUUUAAAGAGGCCGGCGUAUCUGAGGAUCAAAUUCAGUACGCCACAAUCGGCACGGGGACCUGUGAGUUUACAGCAUGCAUUAUGUGUAAUCUGUUGGUUGAGCGCAAAGGUCGGAGGUUCAUGUUGAUGGGAGGUUUCCUCCUUAUGACCAUCUGGACUAUCGUCUUCACAAUCGCUCUGUCAUUUGAGAGUUAUGUAUCGUGGGUGUCGCACCUGAGCGUGGCCUGCAUCUUCACCUACAUUCUCAGUUUUGGGAUGGGACCAGCUGGGGUAACCGGCGUUCUUCCCACUGAGAUCUUCAAUCAAACGGCUCGGCCAGCCGCCUACAUGAUUGCUGGCUCCAUGAUGUGGCUCAAUCUGUUUUUCGUUGGAAUGAUCUUCCCAUUUCUGGUGAGUGGACUGAGUGAGUACUGCUUUGUGCCCUUUGGAGUCAUGUGCUUGUUGUCUGCUCUGUACAUUGGCCUGUUUCUACCGGAGACCAAAGGGAAGUCUCUGUCCGACAUUACCAGCGAAUUUCACAAGAUGAACUUCAAAGGCCAAAAUGACAAAAGUUUGGAAUUACAAACUCAGUAUAAACUGGGCGAGGUGUGUCUUUCCACUGCCUUAUAGUACUAGCCAUCACUGCCUCACCAUCAAGGCUCCAGGAAGUAAUCCCAGACACCGAUGUUGUGAGACUUUACCAGAAGAUUAUGAAUAUAUUAAAUAACUAGAACUGGAAGUUAUAUUUAAUUAAUAGUUGAGUUAUUUGUAUUGCCUAGUAGACUUCUUUCCACUUAUAGUGUCAGACGUAUGCAAAUCUGACGUCUUGCGCGUGCAUAUUGACUAUGGGAACGCUGGUCUGACGGGGUAUGCUGAUCUGACAGAACACAGAAAACUCAGUCUCUGGAUGUUAUUCGACGACUGUUAACAUAACUGUUAACUUGCUGUGAAAAAAAUAUAAAAUUUUCUUUAACAUUUCCCUU